CCGAAUUGUUCCAGAUACAUAACUAGCCUUUACAAUGACUCUUGUUUCACCGCCCGACGCCGCCUGGAAGGUCUCCGCACUGCACGUCUACCCAGUAAAGUCCUGCGGCGGCGUGGCAGUUGCAGCCGCGCAAGUAACGGCGACCGGCCUCAAGUACGACCGGCUGUGGAUGCUCCUCUACGAAAAGACCGGGCGCUUCGUCACGCAGCGGCAGGAGCCGCACAUGGCGCUGAUCAAAGUAGCCAUUGACGAGCCGGGCAACCGGCUGGUGCUCUCGGCCGACUCCAUGGCCGAUGUGCUUGCAGUGCCGCUGCACCCGCAGGCAGGCGACCUGGGCGAGCAAUUCGCAGUGCGCGUCUGGUACGACGACGUGAUCGGGCGCUGCUGCGGCGAUAGCGCGCGCGCCUGGCUGUCGGCCUUCAUCGGCAAGCCCGUGCGGCUCGUCUACAAGGACCCCGACGCAACGCGUAUGGUGUCGCGCUAUGUGCCCAGCCAGGACAUCUGCCCGCUGCCGCCGCAGUCGAGUUUUGCCGACGUCUUCCCGUUCCACAUCACCACGCAGCCCUCGCUGGCUCACGUCAACAAGAACGUGCCGCGCCCGCUCUCCCAGGCAAACUUCCGCCCCAAUGUCGUGCUUGACAAUAGCGCUGGCGCCGCCUACGACGAGGAGUCGUGGACGCUGAUUGAGUUCAGCUCCGAGUCGGGCGACAAGGACCGCGAGCCGAUGAAGUCGCUGCGCAAGUUCCGCUGCUCCGACCCCGGCAAGCCAUCGCAGGUGUGCUUUGGCAUGCAGGCCGCCCCCACCACCGUUGGCCAGACCAUCCACGUCGGCCAGGCCGUGGCUGUGCGCGAGCGUGGCGAGCACUCGCUGACCCAGCCGCUCUGA